ACCAAAUUGAAUUUUGCAGGGCGAUGAUCAUUAAAGAGUUUCGCAUAAUACUGCCUUUAACGGUAGAUGAAUACCAUGUUGGACAACUGUGGGCUGUUGCAGAGGCAUCCAAAAAUGAAACUGGAGGCGGAGAGGGAAUAGAGGUUCUGGUAAAUGAACCAUUUAAUCCUCAAGUCAAUCCUCCUGAGUCACCUUUAAAAGCCAACGGUGAAGAAUUCUCCUCUGGGCAGUACACUCAUAAACGCUUUUAUCUGGCCAGAAAAGUACCUGGUUAUGUACGUUUGCUUGCGCCGAAAGGGUCACUUGAAAUUGACGAAAAGGCCUGGAAUGCUUACCCUUACUGUCGUACAGUUUUACAGAAUCCUAAAUAUAUGCAAGAUAACUUUACUCUGAUGAUUGAGUCUAUGCAUGUACAAGAUAACGUUAAUAUCGAAAAUAUUCACAACCUUCCACCAAAGCUCUUGGCUCAACGAGAAGUUAUUUAUAUUGAUAUUGUAAAUGAUCAAUUGCACAGUGCUUCUGACUAUGAUGCAACAUGUGACCCUAGAAUAUAUCAGUCAGUAAAAACUGGUCGAGGUCCAUUAGUAGGCCCAAGAUGGUGGGAAAAUACAGAUCUACCAAUAAUGUGCGCCUACAAACUUGUCACAUGUGAAUUUAAAUGGUGGGGUAUUCAAAGCCGAGUUGAAAAUAUGAUACAGAAUCAAGAAAGGCGAAUUUUCCUUAAUUUCAACCGUCAGGUUUUUUGUUGGCUCGAUAAAUGGCACGGACUUUCUAUGGACGAUAUACGAGCUAUAGAAAAUAAAACUAAAGAAGAAUUGGAUGAACAACGCCUUGUCGGUAGUGUUCGUGGCACUGUGGCUCAUGACUAAAAUACUGGCAUUAAUUCAAAGUGAUAAUUCGCUGAUUUAAG